AAGACCUCCAUAAGCUCCCCGCACAGCGCGGCGGCGUUUGCGGCCUGUGUGAGUAGGCCCUUUGGAACCAGUCUCCCGGCGAGCGGUGCGCAGAAAUCUCGAACUGGUGGCGCCCACUCGUAACCUGGAGCCCGGAAGGCCGCGAAGACAGUACCGUUUCCUCAGCGGCGGACCGCUGCAGUAAGAAUGUCUUUCCCACCUCAUUUGAAUCGCCCUCCCAUGGGAAUCCCAGCACUCCCACCAGGGAUCCCACCCCCACAGUUUCCUGGCUUUCCACCACCUGUACCUCCAGGGACCCCAAUGAUUCCUGUACCAAUGAGCAUUAUGGCUCCUGCUCCAACUGUCUUAGUACCCACUGUGUCCAUGGUUGGAAAGCAUUUGGGAGCACGAAAGGAUCAUCCAGGCUUAAAGACUAAAGAAAAUGAUGAAAACUGUGGUCCCACUACUACAGUUUUUGUUGGCAACAUUUCUGAGAAAGCCUCAGAUAUGCUUAUAAGACAGCUCCUUGCUAAAUGUGGCUUGGUUUUGAGCUGGAAGAGAGUACAAGGUGCAUCUGGAAAACUUCAAGCCUUCGGAUUCUGUGAGUAUAAGGAGCCUGAGUCUACCCUCCGUGCACUCAGGUUAUUACAUGACCUGCAGAUUGGAGAGAAGAAGCUACUUGUUAAAGUUGAUGCAAAGACAAAGGCACAACUGGAUGAAUGGAAAGCAAAGAAGAAAGCUUCUAAUGGGAAUGCCAGGCCAGAAACUGCCACUAAUGAUGAUGAGGAAGCCUUAGAUGAAGAAACAAAGAGAAGAGAUCAGAUGAUCAAAGGGGCCAUUGAAGUUUUAAUACGUGAAUACUCCAGUGAGCUCAAUGCCCCGUCUCAAGAAUCUGACUCUCACCCUAGGAAGAAGAAGAAGGAAAAGAAGGAGGACAUUUUCCGCAGAUUUCCGGUGGCCCCACUGAUCCCUUAUCCACUCAUCACUAAGGAGGAUAUAAAUGCUAUAGAAAUGGAAGAAGAUAAAAGAGACUUGAUAUCCCGAGAGAUCAGCAAAUUCAGAGACACACACAAGAAACUGGAAGAAGAGAAAGGCAAAAAGGAAAAAGAAAGACAGGAAAUUGAGAAAGAACGGAGAGAAAGAGAGAGGGAGCGUGAAAGGGAACGAGAAAGGCGAGAACGGGAACGAGAAAGGGAAAGAGAACGUGAACGAGAAAAGGAGAAGGAACGGGAGCGGGAACGAGAACGGGAUAGGGAUCGUGACCGGACAAAAGAGAGAGAUCGCGAUCGGGAUCGAGAGAGAGAUCGCGACAGAGAUCGGGAAAGGAGCUCAGAUCGGAAUAAGGAUCGGAGUCGAUCAAGAGAAAAGAGCAGAGAUCGUGAAAGGGAACGGGAGAGGGAAAGAGAGAGAGAGAGAGAACGGGAACGAGAAAGAGAACGAGAGCGAGAGAGAGAGCGAGAAAGGGAACGGGAGCGAGAGAGAGAGAAAGACAAGAAGCGGGACCGAGAAGAAGAUGAAGAAGAUGCAUAUGAACGGAGAAAACUUGAAAGAAAGCUCCGAGAGAAAGAAGCUGCUUAUCAAGAGCGCCUUAAGAAUUGGGAAAUCAGAGAACGGAAGAAAACCCGGGAAUAUGAGAAAGAGGCUGAAAGAGAGGAAGAAAGAAGAAGAGAAAUGGCAAAAGAAGCUAAACGACUAAAAGAAUUCUUAGAAGAUUAUGAUGAUGAUAGAGAUGAUCCCAAGUAUUACAGAGGAAGCGCUCUUCAGAAAAGAUUACGUGAUAGGGAAAAGGAAAUGGAAGCAGAUGAACGGGAUAGGAAAAGAGAGAAGGAAGAGCUGGAGGAAAUCAGGCAGCGCCUUCUGGCAGAAGGGCACCCGGAUCCAGAUGCAGAGCUCCAGAGGAUGGAACAAGAGGCUGAGAGGCGCAGACAGCCACAAAUAAAGCAAGAACCAGAAUCGGAGGAAGAAGAAGAAGAAAAACAAGAAAAAGAAGAAAAACGAGAGGAACCCAUGGAAGAGGAAGAAGAGCCAGAGCAAAAGCCCUGUCUCAAGCCUACCCUGAGGCCCAUCAGUUCUGCCCCAUCAGUUUCCUCUGCCAGUGGCAACGCAACUCCCAAUACUCCCGGGGAUGAGUCUCCCUGUGGUAUUAUUAUUCCUCACGAAAAUUCACCAGAUCAGCAACAACCUGAGGAGCAUAGGCCAAAAAUAGGACUAAGUCUUAAACUGGGUGCUUCCAAUAGUCCUGGUCAACCUAAUUCUGUGAAGAGAAAGAAACUCCCUGUAGAUAGUGUCUUUAACAAAUUUGAGGAUGAAGACAGUGAUGAUGUACCCCGAAAAAGGAAACUAGUUCCCUUGGAUUAUGGUGAAGAUGAUAAAAAUGCUGCCAAAGGCACUGUAAACACUGAAGAAAAGCGCAAACACAUUAAGAGUCUAAUUGAAAAAAUCCCUACAGCCAAACCUGAGCUCUUUGCGUAUCCCCUGGAUUGGUCUAUUGUGGAUUCUAUAUUGAUGGAACGACGAAUUAGACCAUGGAUUAAUAAAAAAAUCAUAGAAUACAUAGGUGAAGAGGAAGCUACAUUAGUUGAUUUUGUUUGUUCUAAGGUUAUGGCUCAUAGUUCACCUCAGAGCAUUUUAGAUGAUGUUGCCAUGGUACUUGAUGAAGAAGCAGAAGUUUUUAUAGUCAAGAUGUGGAGAUUAUUGAUAUAUGAAACAGAAGCCAAGAAAAUUGGUCUUGUGAAGUAAAAAACUUUUUACGUUUAGAGUUCCAUUUCAGAUUUCUUUUUUCCCACCGUUCAAAGGACUUAAAAAUUUUUUUUGUCUUCAAAGACAUUUGUGAGAUCUGUAAUUUUUUUUUUUAAUGUAGAAAAUGUGAAUUUUUUUGUCUUCUAAUUUGUUGAUGCCCUGUGUACUCCUUUGGUUGUAAAGACAUCUGAAUCCUACCUUGGUUCUCUUUAUACUCACCAGGUACAAAUUACUGGUAUGUUUUAUAAGCCACAGCUACUGUACACAGCCUAUCUGAUAUAAUCUUGUUCUGCUGAUUUGUUCCUUGUAAAUAUUAAAAUGACUCCCCAAUUCUUUUGCAAAAUUGCACUUAAUAUUGAACUGUACUGUAUAAACACCAACAUGAACAAUGUUAAUCGAAAGAAUGCCCAUCACACCUAUUACCCUUGCCCCUCUGAUCAAAAAUGGCAGGCCCUCAUGAAGGCAUGGAAUUUAAAAUUAGAGUGCAAAAAUUAGCAGACAAUCCAUUCCUCUUAUAUCUCUGUAUGAAUGUGUUUGUGUGGUUGUAUGUAUAAAAGUCUUACUUUUCCCUAAUUUGCUUUGGAGGGUUCUGUUUCCUUAAACAUUUCCUAAUUGAAUAGAAUUGUAAAGGAAACAUGGUAUUGUGCCAACCCAAAUGUCUGGGGUAAUUAGGUUAUUAGUCUCUCAGAGCAUGGUAUUUUCCUGUGACAAGCAAGUCUUAAAAGGAGUGGGGUUUUUUUCUGUUCAUAGCUGGCUACAUCAGCCUCUCUUUUAAGGGAGUAUGAAUCAUGGUGGUCCCCCCCCCCCCCGAUUUCAUUGUUGAGAAAUGAGGCAGAUCCUUAGAUUCUGGAGAGCUUUAUUUUAUGCGUUUUUGCACUAAUUGGUCCUUAGUUUAAUUUUGAUGUACCAUUUUGUUUAAAAAAAAACAAUUCAAAAAGCAUUAAGUCAAAAACUUUUUAAAAAAUAAGCAAAAGAUAAAACUAAGCAAUUUUACAGAUUAGGAACAUUUGACAAAAUGCAAUAGGAAUUCAGCAAGGCAAUUUACAAAGUUUACAUCUAUUUUCUAAGGAUAAAGUAAAUCGUUUAAGGUAGUUACCACUAAUUUUUUGUUUUAUAAGGGUUUAUCUCAUGUGUGUAUACACAGGCACAUACUUUGUUUAUCUCUGCUCAUCAAAGUUUAAAAAUGUACUGAUGGUGUUCUUAGAGACAUACAUGGGGCUUUCUUGAUUGUAGAUCAGAACUUACCAGGGAGCAAAAUUACCUGAAAAUCUUAACAAGUUUUUAAACAGUUCUUAACAGAAAUUAGGUGCAGCUAUUCCCAUGUCUGAGUAUUUAUUUAAAAAAAAAAAGAUUUGGGGGGGAGGGUGUUAAAAAAGCAUAACUGAGCUUGAGUUACUAGAUUUUUUUACAUCUUAAGACAUUUGAAAACACUGUUCUUAACAUUGGACCAUGACAUGGUUCCAUUAUGUAAAUAUUUCAAAUAUUAAAAAUGUAUAUAUUUGAUCUCGGGGACUCAUUCUUUCAGAGUCUUGUUAAAUAAAUGGCAUCAUGUUAUAAUUGUGCAGUGCAUCCUAGAAACUUAAUUUGAAAAUAUGGGCUGAAUUUUUGAUGGAAUUGAUUUUUGAAUAUUAGUAACUGAAAGUCAGAGGCCAUUGUGGAUUUUGGAUUAAUUUAUACAUCUAUAGAGAUACCUUAUUUUGAAUUAUCUAUACGUCUAUGUAGAUACCCCCUUUUAGUGUUACAAUUUUUUAAAUUGUGGUUUCUCAAGGGAAAUUUUCAGAAACAUGCUCCUUGCUAUUUACAGAUUCAUUUACUAGUUUUUCUCAGAUUGACCCCCAGUGUAACUCCUUGUUUGAGCUGUUUAUUAUGCCUCUGUCUUGUCUUAAUUAUUAUUAUUUCUAAGGCAUCAUAUUAGGUUGUUUUUAUUUAGCCAGUAUUAGCAUGAAAGUUUAUUCAGGUAGAUUUAAUUUUCCUUGCUUUGAUCUCUCCUGCUCUCUUACCACAUUUACCUUAAAAGGGCCCUUAUGUGAAAUCCUUAGGGGCAUAUACCACAUACUGUGUAACACCUCCAGUGAGAUUUGUGUCAGGAUCCCAAAUGUAUGCAUUAACAUUUCUGCAGCAGAACAGGAAUGAUCACAGUCACUGGAUUAAAGACUGCUUCAUUUAUAGCUUAAUGUCAGUUCAUAUCUGUUUUUGCCACCAUUAAACUUGGAGGUUUUCAGAGUUUUUUAUUUUUCAAGUUUGUAUGUAAAGAACUGGACCUGUCUAAGCUGGUAUAGUGUAGUGUCAGUGAGAAUACACAUAAAGAAAAAAUUUUUGCUAAAUUGCUUGAGCUUUCUGGAUUGUCUUUACCAUUUGCCCGUAGAUUAAUUUGGGAACCUUAGUUAAUUCAUAUUUACCCAUUCAAGUUAUAAAAUUAUAUGAAAGUUUUGAGAACCAUUCUUGAUCUGGCAGUUAGGAAACCCAAUAUUCUUUUUCCUCAUUUGACCCUAUAAAUAAAAUAAUUUUAAAUGUGUACAUCUGUCUUGUCUACAGGAAGAAAGUGGUUUUUCUCAAACUUUAACGUGCGCUUGAAUCACGUGGGGGAUCUUGUUAAAAUUCAGACUUAGUAGCGCUGGAGUUGGACCUGAAAUUUUGCAUUUCUGGCCAGCUCCCAGAUAGAUGGUGCCAGUACUAACUGUUCCAAGAACUACUUUGAUUAGCAUUUUAAGGUACCUACUCAGUACUAGUAUUAUAUCCUAAAAGACUGCACAAAUGCUGCUUUAGUUUCUUUUCAAGUAGAUUUUAAAGAGAAAAACAUUUUGGGGGGCAAAUAGAUAUUUAAGUUCAUGAACAUAAAGCAGUCUUCCAAAAAUGAUCCCCAAGAACAACUCUUAAUAUUCUAGGCUUUAUUUCCAGCCAGCCCCAGAACAUUUUCUCUUUAGAGAACUUCUAUGUUGCUACUCUGCCUGAAUCUUACCAUAGUGCUUCCCGGUAAACUUUUUGUAACAGUAAAGGCUGAUGAUUUUGUGGAGAGUGCUGUUUCAAGUACUUAUCAGGCAUGAAUACCAGAUAAUGGUGAACAAAUUGAGAAAAAUGAGCACGAGAGUCAAAUGAGGCUAAACACUAUUAUAAUGUUUUCUCCUUUAAUAUUAAGUAAAAAUUUUAAGUGCAAAUAAAUGUAAGCAGGUGUACAGUGUGUAUAUGAAGCUUAUUUACCCAACUCUUCUCUAGUAAGUUCUAUGAAUGUUUCCACUUUAUACCCAAACACUGCUUAAGGGUUUUGUGUCAAAGUGGUUACACAUUUUUCCAAGUCAUAUUUCAGCAUUCUAUUCCUGUGAAACUGAGAAAUUGUUUGCUUAGCAAAAGAUGGUGAGGUUGAUUUGUGAAUGCCACUGACUAAUAAAGGGUAUUAGAAUGAAUGCCACAUAGGCAAAAAAACAGGAAGUCUAAGUGUCAGGAAAACUAGGGAAAUUCACAUAUAUUUUAAAUCCAGGAAUUAUUACUGUUCAUUUAUACUAAGACUAAAGUGAGCUUAUAAUUUUUGAUAAACUGGUAGAUUUUUUGAAAUGUUAUGUUAAAUUAUUGCAGUAUUUGUUUAUCUGCAUUUGAAUGCUUACAUUUUCCUCUUUAUUUAAUUGACAGAUUCUUUGCCUUUCAUCUUAUUACUUGACUCAUAUGAAAGCCAAAUUAGGAAUGUUAAUCUAAAAUGCCUAGGAAGGAAAGAUAAUUUCUAUAAACGAAAAUGAAUAAAAAUUCUUUUCAAGC